CCAGACAGGUCACGUGAUCCCCGCAAAUGCGGAAAUGGAAUGGCGACUAGCUCUGAGGAGAAAAAGCUGAGUUCAGCUGGACAGCCAGACAAACACAAACAUAACGUAUAUUUGUGUUACGUACGGAAAUUAAGGAUUUCCCGGAUGUUAGCUUCACUGCGUAGCCCCCACGUUGACCUUCUACAAUCUGGGUGAGACCCCGUUGUGGGUGAUGGCCAGGCUGUGAGACGGUGCCCCGCCUCGGUCUCGGCGACAUCAUGGCUGCCGCCGCCGCUGCUGCGAAAGGAAAGGGCUCUGCCAAGGGGGGAGGCGGCGUUCGCUUCUCCGAGGACCCCCCGGGGGGGGCCGGCGCCCCUUCGCACGUCCACUUCGAUGACAAGCUGCACGACUCCGUUAUCAUGGUCACCGCCGAGGACGACGGCAGCUUCCUGGUGAAGGUGGGCUUCCUGAAGGCUCAGCACCGCUACGAGAUUGCCUUCACCCUCCCCGAGGUCCCGGCUCUCGGGAAGGACGUUUUUCUGGCGCCGGCGCCGAGCCCCCACCUCCGGGUCGUGGACGUCUCGCCGGCUCCCGAAGGUCUGAAGGUCACGUGCGAGUACAUGGCUCAGCAGGAGGGGGUGCUGUGCGAGCAGGUGCAGCUGCUGAGUGAGGCCAACGACGACGUCUGCGUCACGGUCAAAGUUCACGCCAGAGUCAUGGACCGCCAUCACGGCACACCCAUGCUGCUGGAGGGCGUCCGCUGCAUCGGCAUGGAGCUGGAGUACGACUCCGAGCAAAGCGACUGGCAGGGCUUCGACUGAAUCUCCGAGGGGGAACCGGCGGACCCGAGACGACAACUGUGACCAGCAUCUCUUUCCCCCCGCCCCUUUGUACCCCCCCCCCCCCCGCCCCAACUCGCUCUUGCGUUUGCCACAUUUGGCCACACGGGGGCAGCAGCGCUCUUCAGAGGCGCUGGAUUUCCCUGGACUGGGAAGUGAAUCGGCAAAGGAAGUCUGGAACCACCUUUCAUUUUAUACCCCUCGUUUUCAUAAAAUUCGUGGCAAUUCCGUGGCCCCCCCGAUUUUCCUUGUGCAAAUCGAAGACGUUAGUGGACAUGAAUAUCAGAAAUAUUGGCAGUUAUCAAUCAAAACCUCAUCAUUGUGUCUAAGAAAAUAAACAUUGCACAUCACGAUCAUAUAAAGUCAAGUGUACCAGGUUUGGCUGGUUAAGGUCAGGUUUAGCGGCUCGUGCGCUUUUUACGAAGCAGUUUUUUGUCUUCAGUGUUAUGCAAAAAUUUAUUUGUGGGCCACCACCAUCUUAAAUUUGGAUGUCUACAAUUUGGAAUCAAUAACUUUUGGAAAAUAGGACUUCAGCAUAAGCGAUAUUUACCCGUACAUGUAAAACCAAGCUGUCAUUAGCGGGGUAAAAAAAAAAAAUUGCCAUUUUUUUUCAAUAAACGUCUUUAAAUCAAUAAAAAUAAUAUUAAAUAAAUAAAAAAUUAAAAAAUAAAUGUCUAUUGAACAAACUGUAUCAAAUGACCCAUGCUCACGAGGGGAAAAUGCUAACAUUUACGUCAGGGGUUUCAAACUUUCUAAUGGGCCACAUUGUAGUUCUGGUUUCCCUCAGCGGCCCGUUAUGACUGUGAAACAAAAAUAUUGAAUUGUCUCAUCAUAUUUACAUCAUGAAUUUAUGAACUAGUUUUGAAAUCAUAAAUCAUUGGGUUUUUUUUGCAACUAUUCAUAUUUGGUCACACAAAAAUGCUUGUAAUAUCUGAACGUAAUCAUUUAUGAUACAUGAAAAUUUGAAAUUUUGGCACCGAUUUUUACAAGAAUCGUGGAAAUUGACACUAGAUUUGGCUUCGCGGGCCACGUAAAAUCACGCGGUGGGCCGGAUCUUGCCCCCGGGCUUUGGGUUAGACACCUACGAUUUAAGUCAUUAAAUGUGCACCUGAAACACGCAUACUACUACUAAAAAAGCUCUAAUACUGCAACUACAGUUAAAUAUUUCAUAUUUUAGUAGUAUUUGUGAGUGUUUCAAUUUUUACGCGAAAAAUGAGGAAAAGUUGAGCUGUUGUAGAAAAAAAAAUUAAAAAUUGGAGCAAUUAAUGCAUAAUUUGGCAAAAUUUUGGCGGGCAAAGGAGCAAAUUCCAUAAAACUGCGCAAGAGGAUCUUCACCAAAUAUAUCAAAUAUGGUGGAAUUGUGGAAAUGUGUAUGUGUAAUGCCCAAAACACCAAUUUUAACCUUGUGAAUGUAUCCCGAUUCCUCAUGUAAACAUUUUACUACAAUUUUAAGACCAUGUUGAUUUUUUUUUUUUUUUAAUAUUCAGCAAGACAGAAGAACUUAACUUCAUUGUUGUUUUUUUUUUACUUUUUUUUUUUUGUUUGUUUUCCUGUGUUGCGACUCUUCUGGAAAGUAAUCGCGAUCAGGUUCGGUGGGUCGGCGGCACUUACGUGACUCAACUGUUUUGUACACAAACAACAAAAUGUCGGUUUCCCGAUCCUCGAAGUGCCUUCCUCUCCCCCCCCCCCCGACCUGUUGUAAUUUGUACGUCGUCUCCAAUAAAAAUAAAAAC